AUGCGCAUCCGUGAGCUCUCGGACGGCGAGGACGGCGACGAUGGUGAUGCCGAUCGAACGCCCGAGACGGACGGGACCGAAGCGGAUGGGGAGGAGACGACGCGUGGGAAGACGACGGCGGCGAUGCGAGAGAUGGUGGAGCGACUUCGAGUGAUGGGGCGAGAGAUGGCGCGCUCGACCGGGAUCGUGGACGCGGAGGACGCGCGAGCGAUGGAAGAGAUGGAACCGCGGUAUUACGAGUCGAGAAAGUUGGAGUACACGAAUGGAGACUCGUACGAGGGUGAGUGCGUGAACGAGACGCGACACGGACGCGGGAGACACGAGUGCGCGACGGGGGACGUCUACGACGGGGGAUGGCGCGAUGAUAAGCGACACGGGAGAGGUAAGAUGAUUUUUGCGUCGGGGUUGACGUACGAGGGCGAUUGGGAGGACGAUAAGACGUGCGGACGCGGUGCGUGCACGUACGUCAACGGCGACGCGUACGACGGCGAGUGGAAGAACGACCAUCGAUGGGGUUGGGGCUCACAGAGGUUCGCCAACGGCGACGCGUACGAGGGUGAAUGGGUGGACGACGUGAUUGAAGGUCGAGGUUUGUACACGUUCGUGGACGGAGCGACGUUUAAUGGGACCACGCUUUCGGGAUUGCGCGUGCGCGGACGCUUCGCGAACAAGGACGAUUCCGUGGAGUACGAUGGUGAAUGGAAGAACGAUCUUAGACACGGUCGAGGGAAGUUCGUCCUCGCCGGCGCGUACAAGUACAUCGGACAGUGGCAAGAUGAUUUCCGGCACGGUCGAGGGAAGUGUGAGUUCGCCGACGGUUCGUCGUACGACGGCGAGUGGGUGAACGAUGAAUUUCAUGGACAAGGUGAACUCAAAACCGCCAUCUACGACUACGUCGGCGCGUUCGAGAGCGGUAAGCGCCACGGAAACGGUGUGUGUAAAUUUACCGAUCAAACGUGCGAGUAUCGCGGUGAGUACCAGGAAGGUCUCGAACAUGGUAAGGGAAAGCGCCUGUACGCCGACGGCUCGAUGUAUCAGGGCGAGUGGCAAGACGGGAAGCGACACGGAAAGGGAGCGUGCGCGUACGCGAACGGUGACGAGUACCAAGGGGAGUGGGCGAACGAUGAGCGUCACGGGUACGGCGUGUGCGUCUUCUCCGACGGGACGAAAUAUCGUGGGGAGUGGGAGCGCGAUCGCUGGUGUCAGAGUUCCGCGGAUCCCGACUUCACGCGCGUGUUCGGCCCGGGCGUGGUCAAGGCCACCGCCGGCGUCGCUGCCACGAUCGGUAUCGAAGCGCGAGACGAACUAAAGAAUAAGCGCUUGAGCGGCGGUGACGUCUUCGCGGUGAGACUGACGCUCUUGGGUUCGCUCGAUUCGGAUGACGAUCCCGUGGUUGAACACGGCACCGUGAUGGACAACGGCGACGGAACGUACGUGGCGUAUUACACGUGUACAGUCGCCGGCGCGUACUCCUGUGAAGUCGUCAUAGGAAACGAUGAGCAGUGCGGACAAUCACCGUAUGACGUAGUCGUGGAGCCAUCGACGGCGAACGCGAAACACUGCGUCUUGUCCGGUGAGGGAAUGCGUCGCGCGCGCGUUCGCAAGCUCGCUGAAUUUUUCGUCGACGCGCGAGAUGAGUUCGACAACGACGUGCGAGGCGAACUGUGCGAGCAGCUACCACUACACGUCACAAUCACCGAUGUGAACGGACACGAAGUCAGCACCGUGGAUGGGAUUCAGAUCGAGGAUACGGGUGACGGUCGAUUCGUCGUGGCGUAUUCGCCGAGUGCGCCUGGUUUUUAUCGCCUCAUCGUCUCAUGUCAGGACGUUCUCAUGGGGUCGAGUCCGUACGCCCUGCGCGUGUUCGACGACGAUGAACAAGAAGACGAUGCUUUCGUCGCCGAUGGAUCGAUCGCACCCGCGCCGAACGAUCUCAUACGAGACUGGGAGCGCAUCGCCAAGACGGAUUUUACCCACGACGGCGACGACUUCGGCUGGGACAGCGAACCGUCCGACAACGAAACCGAAGAGGAACGAAUACUUCGCGAGAACCCAGACAUGGCCGUAGUGUCAAAUUACGAAGACCUCUACAAGGUUGGUCGUCUGCACAAGCGCAUGAAGGAGAAGCGCGCCGCCGAGCAGGCAAAGAAACUCGCCGACGUCAAGGCAAGCUCGACGCCUUGUCCGUCGCGAGAGCGUCGUCCGCGGAGCCGGCGGCGCCGAAAUCUUUAA